GGGGCUUCAAUAAUAUCGUUAGCCAAUGAAAAAAUAUAAUUAUAAUAAUUAUGAAUGGAUAAUGAAAAUCAGAGGAUGCAUGGACAUAGGAAAUCAAAUUAUGAAUCAAGUAAGGAGGAGACGCAAAAGCAAAAGAAGAGAGAGGAGGAGGAGGGGUUUACUUGGGACGUUUAAGCCACGUGAGGCGGGAAACAAUAGAGAGCAGGCAUUCAACACCAAAAUCACCAUCACCCCAACCCAAUUCGCCAAACCAAAUUACGAGCCUCGAGCCUGGUGACUUUCCAUUCGUCUCCGGUGACCCUGGUGGUCGUUCCCGGCAGACCGGCGGCGUCUUCUAAGCACCAGUCUCCCCGCUUUUCAUUCCUUCACAUUUCCAUUCCUCCUUUCUUCCACGAUUAAUUUUUUUCUACAUUAAUCUAAUUCCUCAUGAUUUGUUACCCUAAUUACCAUCAUCUUCCUCCACGGGUUUUGCCCAAAUCGGAAUCCAAGCGCAAAGCACUGCGGGCUGUCGUCGUGAUUUAAGACAAUCGUCAUCCAUACGUUGAAAUCAAAUUCCUCCUUGAAUCAUUCAAGUUUACGAUCAAUCGAUCAUCAUGAGAAUCGAGGAAGGCAGCGAGAGAGACCGAGACGUAGACCUAGAGAAGGGGCUGUUGUUCAAAUCUAGCCGGUCGAGCCCGAACCUGUUCUCCUCGGACGUGCCUUCGCCAUCGUCGACGCCGAGAGGGACUCUGGUUCUGUCCAACUCAGGGAAAGCCCUGCUGGUCUCCAAUUCCAACAAGUCCCUGGGCCUGUCCAGCUCCGGGAAGCGUUUCGACAGGAAGAAGUACGUGAAGCAGGUGACUGGGCGGCACAAUGACACAGAGCUCCACCUGGCAGCCCAGCGGGGGGACCUCUCCUCCGUCCGCCACAUGCUUGAGGAGAUCAGCGCCCAGAUGAUGGGCGGCGCCGAUUUCGACGCGGAGGUGGCGGAGAUAAGGUCGGCGGUGGUGAACGAGGUGAACGAGCUCGGGGAGACGGCUCUCUUCACCGCGGCAGAGAAGGGCCACCUUGAGAUUGUGAGGGAGCUGUUGCAGUUCACCACUAGAGAGGCUAUUGCCCUGAAGAACAAGGCUGGGUUUGAUGCACUCCACAUCGCCGCCAGUCAAGGCCAUCAAGAAAUAGUGCAGUUGCUACUGGAGGUUGACCCUGCAUUAAGCAAGACGGUGGGGCAAUCAAAUGCGAGUCCUUUGGUAUCGGCGGCAGCGAAGGGGCACAUAGGCGUGGUUGAGAAAUUACUGGACAAGGAUCCCAGCUUGUUGGAGAUCCCCAAAGCCAAUGGCAAGAAUGCAUUGCAUCUCGCUGCCAGGCAAGGCUACGUAGAGAUCGUGAGAGCGUUGCUGGACAAGGACCCACAGCUGGCUCGGAGGACUGACAAGAAAGGCCAAACUGCGCUGCAUAUGGCUGUCAAAGGCGUCAGCUCUCAAGUUGUCAGGCUGCUGCUCUGCGCCGAUGCUGCCAUCGUCAUGCUUCCUGACCGCCACGGGAACACAGCCUUGCAUGUUGCCACCAGGAAGAAGCGAGUCGAGAUAGUGCAAGAGCUGCUUCUUCUACCAGACACCAACGUAAACGCACUAACAAGGGAUCACAAGACGGCCCUGGACAUCGCGGACGGCCUGCCCCUGUCGGAAGAAAUCUCGGAGAUCAAAGAAUGCCUUUGCAGCCACGGCGCCGUGAAAGCCAACGACCUCAACCAACCCCGCGACGAGCUCCGCAAAACUGUCACCCAGAUCAAGAAGGAAGUCCACAUCCAGCUUGAGCAGACCCGCAAGACCAACAAAAACGUCGACGGCAUUGCCAAGGAGCUCCGCCGUCUCCACCGCGAAGGGAUCAACAACGCCACCAACUCCGUCACCGUCGUCGCCGUCCUCUUCGCCACCGUCGCCUUCGCCGCCAUCUUCACCGUCCCGGGGGGUGACGACAACAACGGGAUGGCGGUCGUGGUCACCUCCCCCUCCUUCAAGAUCUUCUUCAUCUCCAACGCCGUCGCCCUUUUCACCUCGCUCGCGGUGGUGGUGGUGCAGAUCACCGUCGUCAGAGGGGAGACCAAGUCGGAGCGGCGGGUGGUGGAGGUCAUUAACAAGCUCAUGUGGCUGGCGUCGGUCUGCACCACCGUCGCCUUCGUCUCCUCCUCCUAUAUUGUGGUCGGCCGCCGGAACAGGUGGGCGGCGAUACUGAUUACCGUCAUUGGAGGGGUGACCAUGGCCGGAGUCCUGGGAACGAUGACGUUUUAUGUGAUGAAGUCGAGGAGGAUACGCCGGAGGAGGAGGAGGGAGAAGAGCAAGAUUAUUCACCGGGAUGGCGGGCUGCCGUCCACUCAUGACCGGGUGUCGGAUUCGGAGACGGAAGUCAACCCCAUUUACGCUCUUUGACUUUUGUUGUUCCAACUUCUUUUCUUUCCUCUUUUCUUUCUGGAACUGAGUUGAAGUACAUACAUGUGUUCGCUUGCGUGGAUUGUAUAUCUUAUCUUAAAAUAUAUUAAAGAGGAUUGAGAUUAAGACCCCCUCCACGUCAGCUUUAAAAGCCUGGCCGCAAUUUUCGGUAAUCUGAGCUUUUUUUAUUUUUUUACCAUUCACGUUCGCCUCUAUGUCAAAUUUUUUUUUCUUUUUUUGUUCAGGCUAACUACUCAUGUUUUUUUAUCCCCUUUAAACCGUUCCCUAGACUCCUCCUUGCACUAGGUUUUUCUCUUUUUCUUUUUGAUCAAUUUAUUUUGGAUGGAGAUAUGGGAGGAAAGAGAUGAUGAAAUAAAUUAUAAUUAUUGAG